GUGGAAAUAUCUUUCGCCGACGCACUAGUUUGACCAGUCUCGCAUGCACUUUGCAAUAUGUUGAGGAUCGCAACCGCUGCGUCACUUGCGUAACCUUAAGGCUACCACGGAUCCAUCAUCUCGAUGGAGAUCCCUGAAGGCUUAGUGUCAGUAGUAUCCGGGGUGAAAAGAAGGUCUUUCCGGCAUACUAGACGUAGAAGUUUACGGGAAGAAGAGCUACAGGGAUCAUACGAAAACGGGAUGGGUGUGUGGUACGUAGCGCUAAGUAUGAAAAACUUCGGAACUGCUACGCAUCUUAUUCAGCGCAUAUCUAUUUGCUCCGUGGCAAGGAUCAGGCACAAGAACAGGGGAUAAAGCACAUCUGCUUGAG